AUGUCUCAUGGCAGUAGUGUUAGCAGUUUCCAGAAAAAAGGCAAGGUGAAGGUAGUCUCCAUUCCAGGUACUCGGCCAUCAUUACAUAAUGCCCAGCUUCUGAUUUCAACUGGCUUACCUUCUCUUGAUUACCUGUUAGGAGGAGGACUGGCUGUUGGUUCACUGCUCAUAGUAGAAGAAGAUAGAUAUGAUGUGUAUAGCAAACUGUUUCUCAAAUAUUUUCUUGCCGAAGGGGUGAUAAACUACACAUACUACUCGCUGGCCAAUUGGACAUGUCCUCCAUCAAAGUUUAAUUCGAUCCUACCAUCAUCAGGAUACACAAACCCCAAAAUCAACCUUGUUUUGAUGACAGACACCAGUUACCUGCUUUGGAGGGUAAUAAACCAGAAUUCCUGCUCAUCCAUCGCGUAUGACUCGAGUCUCAUAGAUAAGGUGGAUGUGGGAUUAUGGGAUGGUAAAAUCAUAGAGGAAGGAAAGGGAAUGGUAAAGAACAAAUAUUAUUGGUCUCUCUUACAAUUUAUUAAGAAAAGAAUAGAAUCAGGAAACCUGUCAACAUCCUUUAAUAAAGCAAAGACUAAUGUUAUGCGCAUAGCCCUGCAUUCACUUGGAUCUCCACUCUGGGGUUGGGAAUUUAGUCAGCAUGAAAAGGACCACCCGUGUAACUUCUCAACCGCUUUAUUUUUCUAUCUACGGGCCCUUGUACGCUCUUCUUUUUCCAUAGGAAUGGUCACCAUCCCGUCUCAUCUGUUUGUAGAUCCUGCUCUCAUGUCUCGCUUGACAAUAGCAGGGGAUUUUGUAGUGAGACUUGAAUCAUUUCAAGGGUCAGAGAAGGAAACAAAUCCAGUAUUCAAGGAUUACCAUGGACUUUUCCACAUUGUGAAGCUGUCUGCACUCAAUAGCCUUGUUCCUCCCUUGUUAGACUCUACAGACUGGGUUUUUCGACUAAAAAGACGCAGUUUAACCAUUGAGCGCUUGCAUCUCCCUCCUGAAUUAUCAGAGACUGUCAGCAGAGAUCAAGAAGAAACAGUUACAAAAUCAGGCCCUGCUUGUAUGGGGGGAAAACUCCCAAAACACCUGGAUUUUUGAAGUUUGUUGCCUUAAUGAAUAAAUUUUAUCAAAGUUUU